UAAUUGAAAAGUCACAAGAUUUAAUCAUCGAUUUUUUUGUAAAUGUAAUUGUUAGAUAAAACUCGAACGUGUUGGAAAUUAUCAGUUAGUUGGUCGGGUACCGGAGUGCGUUUAACACGUUUAAUAAAAUGGUUGUUGCGAAAAAAUUUAUUUAUGUUAAACCGUUUGUGGGGAUGCCCACAGCGGAUAAUGUCCAAAUUGUUGAGGAGAAUUUACCGGAAAUUAAAGAAGGAGAAUUUUUAGCAGAAGCUGUGUAUCUUAGUGUUGAUCCUUAUAUGAGAGCAUACUCUAAUAGUUACACUCUUGGUCAACAAUUAGAAGGGGGACAAGUUGCAAAAAUAAUUGAAUCUAAAAAUCCUCAAUACCCAGUUGGAAAGCAUGUUAUGGCAUAUUUUGGUUGGAGGACUCAUUCAAUUUACGACGGAACCCAACGAGUUUUUUUAAUCCCAGACGAAACAAUUCCUUUAUCUUAUUACUUAGGAAUCGUUGGAAUGCCAGGAGUAACAGCUUAUUUCGGCACUUUUGAUAUAUUAAAACCUCAAUCAGGCGAAACUAUCGUUGUUACUUGUGCUGGAGGAGCCGUUGGAAGUCAAGUGGGCCAGUUGGGUAAAAUAAAAGGUUGUAAUGUAGUUGGAAUUGCGGGUACCGACGAAAAACUUGAUUGGUUAAAAAAAAUUGGUUUUGAUCAAGUUAUUAAUUAUAAAAAAACACCAAAUUUAGGUGAAGCCUUAAAAAAAGCAGCCCCAAAUGGUGUCGAUUGUUACUUUGAUAAUGUUGGAGGAGAAAUGGCUUCAACCAUUAUUGCACAAAUGAAUCCUGAUGGUCGUAUCGCUGUUUGCGGCGCUAUUUCGGCUUAUAAUGAUAUUGGAGAACCCGUAAAAGCAACUCCGAUUCAAAGAUAUAUGAUUUUUGGGCGUUUAAAAAUGGAAGGUUUUCAUGUUUCGUCCCUUUUGCAUAGAUGGCCCGAUGCGAUCAAAGAGUUAUUGGGCUAUUAUAAAACUGGAAAACUCCAAACGAAAGAAACAGUUACCGAAGGUUUUGAAAAUAUGUUAAAUGGAUUAAUUGGUAUUCUCAAUGGGGAUAAUAUCGGAAAGGCCAUCAUUAAAGUUUAAACAUUAAAGAUGAACAUUUAUAAACAUUAAUGAAAAUAAAGAUGUUGUUUUGAAACAAAUUGUGAUGUAUUGGAAAAAUACUAAAGCGUAUUUAUGAAAUAAA